AUGUGCGACAAAAUGGUAUUACGGUCAUUGGUAUUCGCGAUAAUCGCAGCAUGCGUUGUUGCACGUCCUGAACCGCCAUCAUCGUACGGGCCACCAUCUACCUCAUACGGUGUACCGGCGGCACAGUAUGGACCACCUCAACAGCCUAUCGUACACAAACAUGUGUACGUACAUGUGCCGCCACCAGACAACGAAUUGCCCGCUCUGCGCAAGCCGGUAUACGUGCCACCGCCACAGAAACACUACAAAAUAGUUUUCAUUAAGGCACCUACCCCGCCGACUCCGACCGCACCGAUAAUUCCUGUGCAGCCACAAAGCGAAGAAAAGACACUUGUUUACGUAUUGGUCAAGAAGCCGGAAGAGCAACCAGAGAUCGUUAUUCCCACUCCAGCACCCACCCAACCUUCCAAACCAGAAGUUUACUUCAUCAGAUAUAAGACCCAGAAACAAGAAGGAUACCCCGCCGCCGCUCCUCCAGCACCAGAGUAUGGGCCACCUGCUUCAGCUCCAUCUUCAGAAUAUGGUGCUCCUUAAAAUUAUUACAAAGUUCGCCUGCAUGCCUUUUCUUUUAACGGUAUACCAACAACAAUAAGCUGACAAUUAAAAGCAGAAUAUAGCUACCAUACCAAUAAUACACUAAAAUAUUCGAAUGUACGUUGUUACGUAAACUGCAUACUUGGUAUGAACAGAGUCAGAUGGUGAACCGUAAAUCUUGAGGGCAAUCGCUACCGAUGACUGGAUUCAAUGGCAUGAAGCCAACCCGUAGUGCAAAUUUAUUUUUAUCUUGCAUCAAAUUGA